AUUUUUUGUUUGUUUUUAAGGGUUUUUGGUAAAGAGAACAUUUUUCUCCGACGCGAGUUUCCGGCGAUGAAGAGUGAAUCGAUUUCUCUAAUCCGUCGCUUCCGGUACCACAAAUUCAGACUACUCCAACCUCUACUCCACCUCAACGAUGCUUCUUCUUCUUCUUCUUCCUCCUCUGCUCUGUUCUCCCCAACACGAAAAAUCUCAACUUGUUGCAGAACCAAUCCACUGAUCAAGAGUCAGUUCUGGGUUAAUCCAUAUCGGAACUUUAAUACCCAUGUGGAGGAACCACCGGAGAUUUCGUCUAGAGAUAAGGAAAAGAUCGAUCUUGAAGAAGCGUUCGAGUCGGCGACCACCACUAAUGAAAUGGUCCGUUUGUUUAAAGAGAUGGAGUUGUCUUUCGAAGGUAACGAGUUGGGUUUAUCGGCUCUCAAACUCGGGCUCCAUCUCGAUCGGGAAGGUGAGGAUCCUGAAAAGGUUCUGUCUUACGCUAAUAAAGCUCUUAAAUCUUUCGAUGGAGAUGGGAAUAAUCAACCUAAUCUUCUUGUUGCCAUGGCGUUGCAAUUGAUGGGCUCUGCUAAUUUCGGGUUGAAACGUUUUAGUGAUAGCUUAGGUUACUUGAACAGAGCUAAUCGUAUUCUAGUUAAGUUAGAAGCAGAUGAAGAUAAUGCUGUGGAAGACGUUAGGCCUGUUUUACACGCCGUGCAGCUCGAGCUUGCUAAUGUUAAGAACGCUAUGGGAAGGCGUGAGGAAGCUAUUGAGAAUCUGAAGAAGAGUUUGGAGAUAAAGGAGAUGACUUUUGAUGAAGAUAGUAAAGAGAUGGGUGUGGCGAAUCGUGGUCUGGCUGAUGCUUAUGUUGCGGUUUUGAAUUUUAACGAGGCUUUGCCUUAUGCGUUGAAGGCUUUGGAGAUUCAUAAGAAGGAGUUAGGGAAUAAUUCAGCUGAGGUUGCUCAGGAUCGAAGGCUACUUGGUGUGAUUUAUAGCGGUUUAGAGCAGCAUGACAAGGCGUUGGAGCAGAACAGAUUGUCUCAGAGGGUUUUGAAGAAUUGGGGAAUGAAACUGGAGCUGAUUCGUGCUGAGAUUGAUGCUGCUAACAUGAAGGUUGCUUUGGGGAAAUACGAGGAAGCGAUUGAUAUAUUGAAGAGCGUUGUUCAACAAACUGAGAAGGAGAGUGAGGUGAGAGCUAUGGUGUUUAUAUCGAUGUCGAAAGCUUUGGUUAACCAACAAAAGUUUGCUGAUUCAAAGAAAUGUUUGGAGUUUGCUUGUGAAAUCCUCGAGAAGAAAGAAACAGCUUCCCCUGUAGAAGUCGCUGAAGCUUACUCGGAGGUAGCGAUGCAGUACGAGUCAAUGAACGAAUUUGAAACUGCUAUUUCGUUAUUGCAAAAGACUUUAAGUAUACUAGAGAAGCUUCCUCAAGAACAGCACUCAGAAGGAAGUGUUUCUGCUAGGAUAGGUUGGCUGCUUCUAUUCUCGGGCCGGGUCUCUCAAGCAGUUCCUUACUUGGAAGGUGCAACCGAGAGGUUAAAAGAAAGUUUUGGUGCUAAACAUUUUGGAGUUGGUUAUGUGUAUAACAAUCUUGGCGCUGCUUAUUUAGAACUCGGGAGACCUCAAUCUGCUGCUCAAAUGUUUGCAGUUGCUAAAGACAUUAUGGAUGUCUCACUUGGUCCUAACCAUGUUGAUUCAAUUGAUGCUUGCCAGAAUCUUUCUAAAGCUUACGCCGGGAUGGGAAAUUAUAGCCUUGCAGUGGAGUUUCAACAGCGAGUGAUCGAUGCAUGGGACAAUCAUGGAGAUAGCGCGAAAGACGAAAUGAAAGAAGCGAAAAGACUUCUUGAGGAUUUGCGAUUGAAGGCUCGAGGGGGCGUUUCAACAAAUAACCUUCCGAAUAAGGCUUUACCUUUACCCAAGACAAACCAUUCAUAGUGAACUCUCAGCACCAAAAAAAAAGAAUAGCACCUUCUGUUUUUUAGCAUAUGGUACUAAACUUUUGUUUUGCCAUUUGCCACUAAGUUUUUUAAUUAUUAUCUAUUUCAUACUUCGAUCAUUUAAAUUUCACUCCAAUUCAUAGAAGUUGAUGUUUGAGCUUUGUUCCAAACAAAGCAAUAUAAUAAUUUUUGUUAUAAUGGUGUAAUGUUUAAGAGUAGAAAGUGUAGUUUAGUCAUUUGAAUGCAUUAUACUUGUGUGUGA